AUGGCGAUCGGCGCCAUCGCAGCGAAGGCGCCCCGGCAGGAGGAGAUAACGCACGCGCAGGAGGAGGCGCCGUCCUUCGAAAAGGUCGACUGGAAGCGGGACCCCGGCCUACGGAAGCUGUACUUCUACUGCUUCGUGCUGUGCGUCGCCUCGGCGACCACCGGCUACGAUGGCAUGUUCUUCAACUCGGUGCAGGUCUUCGAUACGUGGAAGGCGUUCUUCAACGACCCCAAAGGAUCGCAACUGGGCCUCUUGGCAGCACUUUACCAGAUCGGUAGCUUGGGCUCGAUUCCCUUGGUACCUAUACUCGCCGAUAACCUGGGCCGAAAAGUGCCUAUUAUUGUUGGAUGUGUCAUUAUGAUCGUCGGUGCUAUCCUCCAGGGAGUCGCCGGCAACAUCAAUACCUUUAUGGGCGGUCGUGUGAUGAUGGGGUUCGGAAACAGUUUGGCUCAGAUCGCUUCGCCUAUGUUACUUACCGAGAUCGCUCACCCGCAACAUCGUGGCCGUCUUACAGCUGUGUAUAACUGCUUGUGGAAUGCCGGUGCUAUUAUCGUCACAUGGCUUUCCUUCGGCACAAACUACAUCCAAAACGACUGGUCAUGGCGUAUCCCAGCCAUCCUCCAAGCGCUGCCCUCCGUCAUCCAGAUCAUCUUCAUCUGGUGGGUUCCCGAGUCGCCGCGAUACCUGAUGGCCAAGGACAAGCACGACCAGGCGCUCAAGAUCCUCGCGCACUACCACGCCAACGGCAACGCGCACCACCCGACCGUCCAGUUCGAGUACCGCGAGAUCAAGGAGACGAUCCGGAUGGAGAUGGAGAGCAAAAGCAACAGCAGCUAUGUGGACUUCUUCAGGACGAAGGGGAACCGGUACCGCUUGGCCGUUCUCCUGUCCUUGGGUCUGUUCUCCCAGUGGUCUGGCAACGCGAUCAUUUCCAACUUUGCGAGCAAGUUGUAUGACCAGGCCGGUGUUACGGACUCGAAUUCCAAGUUUGGCCUCUCCGGCGGCCAAACAAUACUCUCCCUCAUCGUCUCCGUCACGAUGGCCACGCUCGUCGACCGCUGGGGCCGGCGGCCGAUGUUCCUCACGUCGACGGGCGGGAUGUUCGUCGUCUUCAUCUUCUGGACGCUGUGCGCGGGCCUGUACGGGGAGCACGGGGCGCCGGGGGCCAACUACGCGAUGAUCUUCUUCAUCUGGCUCUUCGGCUUCUUCUACGCCAUCUCGUGGUCCGGGCUGCUGGUCGGCUACGCCAUCGAGAUCCUGCCCUACAAGCUGCGCGCCAAGGGCCUCAUGGUCCUCAACAUCAUGAUCCAGGCCGCGCUGUGCCUCAAUUCUUACGCCAACCCCGUCGCCUUCGACGCCUUCGGCGAGUCCCACGGCUGGAAGCUGUAUCUUAUUUAUACGUGCUGGAUCUUCUGCGAGCUGGCGUUUGUGUACUUUAUGUACGUCGAGACGAAGGGCCCGACGCUAGAGGAGCUGGCGAGGGUUAUCGAUGGCGAUGAGGCGCCCGUGGCGCAUUUGGAUUUGGAUCAGGUGGAGAAGGAGGUUGCGAUUGAGACGCAUGAUGAUGUGCCGCAUAAGGUAUAAUGAGGGGGGAGGGCUCUAAGUCUAUCGGUGGUCAUCAUAAGUGGGAUUUUCUAGCGACAUCUUGGUUUAAUGUUGUUGCUCGCUGCUGGAUGCUAUUAAGUGAAACUGUUGCAUGGAUGAGACGAAGCUGUUUGCAUGCUCGAUACCCUCACUUUUGCGAAAUUGGCAUGCAUAGGUACUACCUCCCCUCCGUCAUUGUGGACUGGGUUUUGGGGCAUUGGGAUGGAUCAAUUGAUUUUUUAGGUACGUAUGGAUGCGCUCUUCGUGGCAUCCUCAUCUGGCGGGUGGCUUGUUCGGAAUAGCUAAAAAGAAUGAUUCUACUGCACACCACUUAAGAUCGUUUACGAGUGACCUUCGUCAAAUUGUUCUCAGUUACGUCGGUGGCUUCUCACCAUAUCUCCUCUUUGCGUAUAAAGAAUAAUAAACCCGUCUGAUACGAUUGCAUUUGAUAUC